UUUACUAAGUUAACAAUGAUUUUAAGAUAGAAGAUCAAAAUAUGUUCCAACUUCCAAGUUUAGUAAAAAUAACCAUAGUAACUAUCCUUCCAGUCAAGCAAACCCUAGUUAGAAGGCUAAUACACAUCCACCUAACUAAUACACAUCCACCAAACAAAGCACUGUUAAAAGAAAAACCCUUCCAAACCCCUCCCCACAAUAUUUUCCCAUUCCAUCCUGUUUUAUUCUUUCAUCUGGUUUCUUAUCACAUAUUGGGUUAUCUGCUAUCGACCUUCAGCCUCGGCAUUUUCGAAGGUAUGAUAACAUUUGUUCAUGGUAUUAUUACUUGAUUGAGCUUAUUUUUUGGUUUUUGAUGGAAUUAUGUCUGAGAUUUUGACGAAGUUGAGCACCACGUUCAUUAACAGGGUCUCGCGUCUUUCGGUUCCUGUGAUAUAGCGAUUUAUUCCGAGUCUUCACUCUUUGGAGAGACUUUGAUUCCAUUUCUUAAAAAUCAGCUAGAGUGAGAUAUAGGACAGAAUUAGGGAACAUUUAUCGGGUUUUUGUUUGUGUUUUUAUGUGGACGGAUGAUUUUAGAGAACUAAGUGUAACUAUUUUGGGGUUUUGAUGAAAUCGGGUAUUAUUUUGAUUUCCGAUGCUAGAUUUGUAAGAAUUAUGUUUCCUUUUGCAAAGUUUUUUUGGUAGUGUUGAUUAGCUUGAUAUGAUUGAGGGGAUGUCUAAGGAUUUUGGUUGUGUUAUCAUAUACCAUGAUUUGAAUUUGAGUUUCUAUUUGUCUCGUUUGAAUUUCAUGAAUUGAAGCCCUGUUGUCUUGGGUUUCUUUUAUCAGAGCAUAUGAAUGUGGAAAUUUGUUGUAGUUUGGAUAACGCUUAUAUAUUGUAUAUAUUAUAUUAUAUAUUUUCAGGGUAAAGGGAUAUUUUCUUUAGCAACAUGGAGGACAUACACCCACCAUGGCUGCGUAGUCUUUUGCAGUCAUCACGCACCCUCAUUCCAUCAUCACACAUCCAUGAAACUACUACAUAUGAGGCCCAUGGGUCGGCUAUUCAAUCUGAUUUUGAGGAAUAUAUUGAAAAGAUGGGAAGUCCCAUUUUUCCCAAGAAGCCACAAAAAUUGUCCAAUAAAGACUCUUCUCAGGCACAGGGAACAAAAGGUCCUAGAUUUGAGGAUGGCCCCAAUUUUGAUAUAGCUUUUAGGCUUUUCCAUGGACAAAAUGGUGUUGUCCCACUUUCUGAAGGAUCAUUGCAGUUUCCCCAAAAGGUGAAGGCUGAACGAGUGUCCAACCCGAUUGAUCCUAUAACAGCAAAGGUAGCCAGUGUUAACCUUUCGGAUUUUCGAGGGUUAUAUAGUCUUGAUUCAUUGAAGGAGAUGAUUGAGAAUAACCGAAGAAGGCGCAAAUCUUCCAAGGAAGACUCUUUGCAGGCCUGGGGAAUAAAAGAUCCUGAAUUUGAGGAUGACCCCAAUUUUGUUUUUCAUGGACUGAAUGGCGUUGUCCCACUUUCUGAAGGAUCAUUGCAGUUUCCCCAAAAGUUGAAAGUGGAAUCAAUGUCCCACCAGUUUAAUCCUUUAGCAGCAAAGGCAGCUAAAAUUAGUCUUUCAGGUUUCGGAGGGUCAUUUGGUUUUGAUGCAUUUGGCGAAAUGUUUAAGAAUCAACAAAAAAAGCACAAAUCUAACAAGAAAGACUCUUCUGAGGACUGGGGAACAAAAGGCCGUGCUAUUGUAACCAGUCCCCGUAUUGAUAAAGCCUUUAGCUUUUCCAAUGAACCAGUGUCUCAUCAACUUAAUAAUAAUUUCUCAUGGUUCGACUCUGGUUUUGGUGCAUUUAAAGAGAUGGGCUUCAACAAGCCUAAAAAAUCUAACAAGAAAGACUGUUCUAAGAAUGGAGACUUGAAUAUGGGUGGGAAUUGUCCUUCUACAAGCUCAUACCUUGGUUCAUAUUUUGAAGAUCCCUUCGAUAUAGCACCAACCGACUCACAAUUUUCAUCAUCCAUGUAUACCCCAUGGCACUAUGGAGACAUGUGGCAUUCAAAUGGUGCGCGUACAAGGUCAUGUAGCAACACUAUACCAAUUGUGGCCAAGCCAUCCAACAAUAAAAACAAAUGCAUGCCAGCAAUAUGGGGGGCAACAACCGCCUUAGCAAACAACUUUUUGCCUCAAUCAAUGCUCCCACGCAUGAUGGUGAUGUCAGCAAUUGGCAUGGCGACUAACGUCCCAUUAGGAAUGUGGCGACAACACACACCCACAUUCUCACCUUCUUGGUUCAUAGCCACCCUUGCAACUAUUCCUUUUUUGAUUCCCAUGUUUUGUGCCUCCGAUUUCAUGCCAAAACCCAUCAUCAUGUUUACACUUGGCGCCUCUGUCUUAUUGGGCCAAGUUAUUGGAUCUCUAGCUCAACAGUAUCGCCUCAGAGUCAUUCCUAUUGCUGCUACACCUCCAACUGUGACACAAGACUUGGUUGUUGCUAGGUCUAAUGGGGCAGAAGUUUCACCAUUCCAUAUUGAAGUGUCAAUAACUUUAUGGAGAUAUCGCGUUGUAUUUUAUGUUUCCUCACAAAAAAUUUCAUUGUGUGUGUCAUGUAAACAUACAUCACCUGAAACCCUAACACAAACCACCUCUGCAAACAACCUUGCACCUCAACCUAUGCUCAAACAGAUAUUCUUGGCUGGGGCAAUGGCAAUGGCUGCUAAAAUCCCAUUGGGGAUGUUGCAUGGUUUCAAAAAUUUUCAUUUUUUGGCCAAACUAUGUAACUGGGUUUUGAUGCAACCACAAACUACCAUGGCGUUAACAUUUGGUGGUUCUAUUCUGGGCAUGAUUGUUAGAUCUAUGGCUGAGCAGUAUCGCCUGGAACCCACUGCCGCCACACCUCCGCCUUCACCUGAGACAGAAGCUUCUGUUGAUGGUGGUGGUUCUGAUCAGGCAGAAGAGAUGGCAUUCCAUAUUAAAGUGGUGAUAUCUUUAUGGAGCUAUCUCAUCUCAUUAGACUCUUCUCCAUUGGAAUCUUCAUUCCUGGUGUCACAACAACUUGCAUUGCCAAGUUCAUCAGAGUGAAAGGAUAUAUCAUUUUUUUUGGUUGGUAGGAUUUGUUUGCAACAGCAUUAGAAUUGUUUCUUUUUUAGUUUUUUUGUUAUGUUUAGGGAGGUUUUUAAGUGUGUUGUCAUUUUAUCAAUUUCUUUUAUUAUCAGCUUGAUGCCAUACAAAAGAAACAUUGUUUUACUUGCAAUUGUAGAAAUGGUUUGGAAUUUUUUUGUUUGUGUUGA